AUGAGACAUUCUGAGGUGGCGCUCUCUCGUGACCAGGGACCGGGGACGAGGGACGAGGGACGAGGGAGUGAGCCGCUCUGCCCCUCAUCCCCCCUUUCUCCCUUUCACUCCUUCCCCUGCGCCCCUACCCCCGUCUACACCUCCCCACCACUCUCAACCGCACAGAAGCGGUUACAAAUGGCAGUGGAAUGGCCGCUACAGCACCCUGAAGCCUUCCUGCGCCUCGCUCUCACCCCCCCCAGGGGAGUGCUGCUGCACGGCCCUCCCGGGGGCGGCAAAACAAUGCUCGCCCUGGCCGCUGCCCACGCCUCCAUGGCAACACUCUUCUCCCUCAGACAAUGCUCGCUCUGGCCGCUGCCCACACUUCCAAGGCAACGCUCUUCUCCCUCAGGUGCGCGCUCUUCUCCCUCAGGUGCGCGCUCUUCUCCCUCAGGUGCGCGCUCUUCUCCCUCAGGUGCGCUCUCUUCUCCCUCAGGUGCGCGCUCUUCUCCCUCAGCCGGGGGAGGCGAUGCUCUUGUGCUCAGAAGAGCACAUGGGCUAACUGUUUCUCAACGUAGUGGGGCUGUUGUUUCACGCAUGCCUAAGGAAGACACUCAUAUCGGUGCAGACCUGUUCUCCAUGUACGUGGGCGAGGGGGAGGCGAUGCUCAAAGAGAUGUUCCGAUUGGCCCGCAUGGCGGCUCCCAGCGUGGUGUUUGUGGACGAGGUCGACGUGGUGGGGGGGCGCAGCCUCCACCCACCAACCUUCAUCCCUCCCUAUCAGAUCAUCUACGUGCCACCAUUGGAUGAACCAGGCAGGCUGCACGCACUGCAAAUCCACAAGCCUUCCCCCUCACCCAAAUCAAUCAUACUUUCCUAA